AUUUUUUUCUUCCUCUGUCUCUAUCUUACCUUCGACGCCUAUCGUUCCAACUGCCCCGUUAUCCGCCUUUGACGCCACCUGUAACCUUGGCGACUCUAUCUCACCAUCCGCUAACAACCAGUCUGCAUCCACUGCAAGAUAGCUUCCAUGGCUGAGGAUGCCGCUCCUCAUCCCGCAGCGCCGGACCCUGUGGUCCCCGCCCUGACGCGCGAGUCCACGGGACAAAGUGUCUCGGGAAGGACGCCUUCCAAUGCCUCUGCCUCUGCCUCUGCCAAUGCAUCUGCCAAUGUCAAUUUCCAGCUGAGCAGCGGCAGACACCAAUCGUCGAAUGCGCGCAUAAACGAGAUACUCGAGAACGCCCGUGAGCGCGCCGAAACAAUGGUGUCCGGCACCGCCUCCCCAAAGUCUCCCCGGGCUCCCGGAAGCCCCAUCUUCCCGCCCCGGACCAACUCGGCGGUGAACCCAAUCAUAGAGGAUAGCAGCGCCGACGAGGCCACCGGCUUCAUCGCCCACACUCCGCCGCUCAACUACAACUCCGUCACAACUACAACCACAAACACAAACAAUGCCGCCGUAACCUCAGGAGCCCGCGUGCGGAAGACGUCAACCCGGAGCACACGUCGGUCAAGGCCGGCCUCGCAGCAGCAGAGCUCCGAUGCUCACCCUCCUGCUGCCCCCGGCAUGACAUACUCACGGCAGUCCGAGCCUGAGGACAAGGGCCCAUCAUGGUGGCAGGUCCAAGCCGAAAAGUUUCAAUCCAUUGAGCUCGAGAACAAGGGAAGUGUUGCUCGAGAUCACCUCGCCAUUGAACGAACCUUCCUCGCCUGGCUCCGAACAUCCCUCAGCUUCGCCUCAAUUGGCAUAGCAGUAACACAACUCUUCCGACUCAACACUUCCCUCGACGGCGGCAUCGACGCCACCAAGAACAUGGACACGCUUCGUCAGAUGGGCAAGCCUUUGGGCACAACGUUCCUCGGCAUCAGCAUUCUCACCCUGUUCCUCGGUUACAGGCGAUAUUUCCAGUCUCAGCAUUGGGUAAUGCAGGGCAAGUUCCCUGCCAGCCGCGGUACCGUCACCAUUGUCGCCUUUGUUGCCUUUGCCAUCAUGGUAGCUUCCCUCGUGGUUGUGAUUGCUAUACAUCCGUCCGAACGGGAAUUGUAAAGUCUUGGUGCUUUAAUCUUUGGGUUUACCAUGAGUGUUGGGUUUAUAAUGAUCUCUUGGGGCUAUCUUGGUAUGAAGAUGGGAGCGUUUAUGCUUGGAGUUUUUGCUUGAUGUUGCGCUUAGGACUUUUUGCGCAGCGUGAUUACAGUAUAAGUAUGGGAACUGAACUGAACUGCAUCAUGACUUGAUACCAGCAGAAUGGUUAUGCACCUCGGCGCUGUUUGAGGCUUGUACGAGAACCAGAAUGGCCAAGUUGAAUAAUAUAUACUUACGACAUUGCAAAUAUU